GAAACAUUUUUCGCCAUGCGCAGGGUUUAGAGAGAGAAAAGAUGUGUGGAAUCGCAUUGAUCGUCUCCGGUAUUCGUAUCGAUCUAUCGGCUUUGCUCCUCAAUUUCAUCAGUCCAGCUUCUCAAGUUGAACAAGAGGUGGUGUUUUCAGUAGACGACAUCAAAACAGCUCUGUUGAGAAGGGGUCCAGACAGCUUGGGAAGCAAGACUGUUUUUGUUCAUCCAAAGAUUUCAUAUUCUAUUGAGGGAAAAGAUGUAUCUGUUAUUGAGAGAGAAGAGGCAACAAAGAGGGAUUUGGGGCGUAAUAGUGAGAUAUUUGAUUGCACACUUUCUACAAGUGAAGAACAUUGUAGGCUAGACAAUGGUAUUGGGACUAAACCUUUUGGAGAGCUUCACUUUCUUGGUGCCACAUUACAACUAAGGGGUGUUAAUCCUAUCGUUCAGCCAUUGGUAGAUACAUCGGGAAAUAUCCUUAUUUAUAAUGGUGAAAUUUUUGGAGGAAUUCAUGUUAGCAGUGAUUGUAAUGAUGCUGAUAUUCUAAUGCAAUAUCUGGGAAACUGCUGCCAUUGCAGUUCGACUGAACAUAUUAGAGCUUGCUCUUCCCCUGGAAAGGGGCAGAGUUCUGUUCACGAACUUCUUUCAAGAAUUAAGGGACCGUGGGCUUUAAUCUAUUGGCAGAAUAGUUCAAAUACCUUGUGGUGGGGUCGAGAUGCAUUUGGAAGGCGGAGCCUCCUUGUUCACUGGCCAACUUCAGAGGACCCCCGGCUUCUGCUGUCUUCUGUAUCACCAUUUUCACCCAUUCAUGAGAGUUCUGGUCUGGGAAAUGAAAAUGAAAUGGGUAAACUAAAUUUCUGGGAAGAGCUUCCAUGUGGUGUGUACAGUAUAUCCAUGCGUGCAUCAAGUAUGGAGAGGUACAUGGUUGGUGAAGUUAAAAAGCACGAGUGGACUAAUCCCAUGCUAAGAGAACUGAUCAAGUGGGAAAGAACUUCUGUUGAGCCCAAACCUGAGAUGAGUUAUGAUUCUAAUAAAAAGGUUCCUAGUGGGCAACAAGACAUACAUUCAGCUCAUUCAUUUGAAAGGCAAUCAGAGUCAGGUUUUAUGCAGACAACAAUUUUAACGCCAUCACAGGCCGUGCUGAUUGCUUUGAGAGAAUCUGUAAUGCUGCGCACUUCGUUAAAUACUAUUUAUCAGGCAGUUGUAUUUGAUUGUGGACAAAAGGCAUAUUCUCCUGUGGCAGUGCUUUUUUCUGGUGGAUUGGAUUCUAUGAUACUUGCAGCAUUAUUGGAUGAGUGCCUUGAUCCCAAAUAUGAAAUCGAUCUGCUUAAUGUAAGCUUCGAUGGUCAAUCUGCUCCUGAUAGAAUCUCUGCUAGGGCAGGUGUAAAGGAACUUAAAAAAGUUGCACCAUUGAGGAGAUGGAAACUUGUAGAGAUUGAUGCUGAUUUGUUGAAGUUGACCUCUGAGACAAAGCACGUCAUGUCCCUUAUUAAUCCUGCAAAGACCUACAUGGACCUCAAUAUUGGUAUAGCAUUGUGGUUGGCAGCUCAGGGUGAUGGUUGGGUGUAUGAAGGCAUGAACAAUAGUAUUAGUGCUGACUACCAGCGUGUUAAGUACAAGUCUGAGGCUAGGAUCCUUCUGGUUGGUUCUGGUGCAGAUGAACAAUGUGCUGGGUAUGGUCGGCAUAGGACAAAAUAUAGACAUGGAAGUUGGCUUGGGCUACACGAUGAAAUGAAAUUAGACAUGCAGAGAAUAUGGAAGAGAAACCUAGGAAGAGAUGAUAGAUGCAUUGCCGAUAAUGGCAAGGAGGCUAGAUUCCCUUUCUUGGAUGAGGAUGUCAUAAGGAUUCUGCUUGAUAUUCCUUUGUGGGAGCUUGCUGACCUUGAUCAACCAACUGGGGUGGGUGAUAAGAAGAUUCUGAGAGAGGUUGCACAGUUGCUUGGAUUAUAUGAAGCAGCUGUUCUUCCUAAAAGAGCAAUCCAGUUUGGUUCCAGAAUUGCGAGGGAAUCAAAUCGAAAAAAUUUUGGAAGCAAUCGUGCAGCAAACCAAGCAUCUGCGGGAAGCGUUGUAAUUUAUGGGUCAUCGAACAAUAUUUCUAGAUGACAUGAGCCAUACAUUUUUAAUUUGUACCAUUCCUUAGUCGGAAAGAUAUGUGGUCAUGAAAGUGGGAUUAAGUGGAACAGAAUUGAUCGGAUAGUAGAGUUGUGAAAACGCCUGCUUCUUAUUCUGUUGCCACCUCAAUUCCACAAUUUUUCAUUCGUGGGCAAAGGUAAGGGGAUGCAACACGUCGAUGCCCGUCUUCCCAACGUCUUUCCUAUACAAUUUGCUCAAAUUGAAUUUGUCCCUUCUCAAGUUGUCCUUGUGGCAAACUUGGUUGUGUGUGGGAGGAUUCAAACUGUUCUCUUUAUGAAGUGUUAAAUUUUUUAUAUUUUUGAGCCUAACUGAGGGUGGCGCUUAGACGACAUUUCACAUGUAUAGACUCUUUUUCGUUUGUGGUUUAUUAGAAAACGUUGUUGAUUCUAUUACAGCGAAAAACACGAGCCCUGGAAGUCAAGACCGAUGAACCACCG